AUGGCUAAGGACAAGUCUAAGCCGAAGGCUGCGUUGUCUGCGUACACGAUUUUUGUGCAAUGCACUCGGGAGGAGCAGAAAAAGAAGAAUCCCAAUGCCAAUAUUGAAUUUGCUGCAUUUUCCAAGGAUUGUUCUGCCAAGUGGAAGGGCGACGCAAAAAAGAAAAAGAAGAAUAAGGACCCAAAUGCCCCUAAGAGGCCGAUGUCUGCCUUCUUCCUAUUCUCUCAGGAUGAGCGUCCCAAGCUAAGACAGUUGCAUCCUGACUGGACUGUUGGACAGAUGGCAAAAGAGUUGGGUGUACGUUGGGAGCAGUGCAAAAACAGGUCUAAGUACAACGCUCAAGCUGUUGCAGAAAAAGCCCGUUACGAAAAAGCCGUAGAAGAUUAUAAAAAAAGUUUAGCGUGA